AUGCGUUCCUCAGCUGUCUCUCUCGCUGCCCUUUUGGUUCUAGGUGUCGCACUUGUCCGCGCCGAAUACGGAUAUUCCAGUGGCGGAUCAUACGAUCAAUCAGGAUACUCAAGCGGAUACACAAGUGGAUACGACCAGACUGGAUACGCUGCCGGAUAUUCCGGAGGAAUUGGUGGAUAUGACAGUGGAUAUGGAUACAGCACAGGACUGGGUGGAUACAGCACAGGAAUGAGUGGAUACGGCACAGGAAUGAGUGGAUACGGACACAAAUUAUCUGGAUACGGAUCAAGCGGACAUGGAUACGGUCACAAGAGAUCCAAGACCGCUGUGUACGUCCCAUAUGCAGUUCCCACCCCAGUGGCCGCCCCUGUCCAGCCCGCUCCUCUUCCAAUUGGCUUGGGCAUUGCAGCCGAUAAUCAGGACGAGGGCGUUUUCGGAGGAAACGGUGCUCUUCUUGCUCUGUUAGCUCUCACUCCAUUCCUUCUGAACGGUAACCUAAACCUCUCAGGUUAAACCGUUAAUGGCGGUUACUUCCCCUGCCAAAUUCAACACAAGAUAUUUUUGUGGCAGCUCGGGAUUGACAGCGGGAACUAUUUUCACUAUUCAUUUAUUUUACAUGUUACAAUAAACAUAUCGUUA